UUCGCGAUGACGAUGGUGUAUUCGCCGACGCCGUCGCCUCCUCCUGCUCCUCCGGUCGCCGGCACGAAUCCUCCGCCUCCGUCGUCGGCUCCUCUCGGAUCGAACCCGAACGCCUUCGCCCAGUUGUACCAACACCAGACCACCAACAUCUACGACACCAAUCAGAUGAUGCAGUCGCCGAUUGGUGGACACAUGACACAACAGAUAACAUCAUCGUCAAAUUUCCCUCAAGAAAGAGACGGCUGUGUAGCUCUGUUCUCGAGAUGGACAGAAAGCGAACAGGUUGAGUUUGUCGAAAGGCUCCUAUCAAGGAUGUGUCACCAUCAGCAUGGACAUAUAGAUGCCUAUUUGAAACCAAUGCUGCAGAGGGAUUUCAUCACAUUAUUACCAAAAAAAGGCCUAGACCACAUUGCAGAGUCCAUCCUGUCCUACUUGGAUGCAGACAGUCUAUUAUCAGCAGAGUUGGUUUGUAAAGAAUGGAGGAGGGUCAUAGCCGAAGGGAUGCUCUGGAAAAAACUUAUAGAGAAAAAAGUUAGGCACGAUUCCACAUGGAGAGGGUUGGCCGAGAGGAGAGGAUGGAUUCAGUAUUUGUUCAAACCGAGACCAGGAACUUUGCAUCCGAGCCACGCUUUUUAUACAGCACUUUAUCCUAAAAUCAUGCAGGACAUUGAUAGCAUUGAAUCCAAUUGGCGAAUGGGUCGACAUAAUCUUCAAAGAAUCAACUGUCGAUCAGAGAACUCCAAAGGAGUCUACUGUUUGCAGUACGAUGAUACUAAAAUCGUAUCAGGCCUAAGGGAUAACACAAUUAAAAUCUGGGAUAGAAGUACACUACAAUGUAAUCAGGUUCUGACCGGUCACACUGGUUCAGUAUUGUGUCUGCAAUACGAUGAACGAGUGAUAAUUUCGGGGUCCAGUGACUCCACAGUUCGUGUUUGGGACGUAGCCACGGGGGCUAUGGUCAACACACUUAUACAUCACUGUGAGGCUGUCUUGCAUUUGAGAUUUAGUAACGGGAUGAUGGUCACAUGUUCGAAGGAUCGUUCAAUAGCCGUAUGGGACAUGACGACAUCUACAGAAAUUAGUCUGCGCAGAGUCCUUGUUGGACAUCGUGCAGCUGUCAAUGUUGUCGAUUUUGAUGAAAGAUAUAUUGUUUCAGCCAGUGGGGAUAGAACUAUUAAGGUAUGGAAUACAUCCAGUUGUGAGUUUGUUCGAACACUGAAUGGACACAAAAGAGGCAUAGCUUGUUUACAAUAUCGAGAUCGAAUAGUUGUUAGUGGAUCCAGUGAUAAUACAAUAAGGUUAUGGGACAUAGAAUGUGGGGCCUGCUUGCGAGUUCUGGAGGGUCACGAGGAGCUAGUAAGAUGCAUAAGAUUCGAUUCAAAACGCAUCGUCUCAGGUGCCUACGAUGGAAAAAUAAAAGUGUGGGACUUGAUGGCUGCCAUGGACCCUCGAGCUCCAACAUCUUCACUGUGUUUGAGGACAUUGGUGGAGCACACGGGACGAGUGUUCAGACUGCAGUUCGACGAAUUCCAAAUUGUGAGCUCCUCCCACGACGACACCAUCCUGAUCUGGGACUUCCUGAACUACGCCCCGCCCGACGGCACCCCCAAACAGGGCACCUCCAAUUCGUCCGCCAAUAACACUCCGAACAUUGCCGAAGUGAACCGGAGCCCCUCGAGGGACCUGGCCGAAGAUAAUGAUUACUUGUGAAAUUUAUAAGACUGUGACAAAAAAAGUGUCGAGUGGAGUGGAGUGGAGUUACAAGUACAAGAGAUUAAUUUUUAUUGUCGGGACUACUUUUGUGAGUACUUAAUAAUAAUUAUAAAUGUAAAUAAGUGAUAGUUUUUGAACGACUAGUAGGAGAUAUUUAUAAAAGAAGUGAUAAGUACUUAAUUGUAUAUAUUUAAAUUAAAGGACCGAGAACUGUGUUCUGCUUAUUGUGUAUAUAUCGCGUUAGAGGGAGCGCCGAAUCAACUCGAAAUCAAGAUGUGAAAUUUGAAUGAAAAUGAAAUGUAAAAAAUAUAUAUAUUGAUUAAUGUCGACAUAGAAUAUUCUAAUUUUUAGACUUUGGGGCAAAUUCUGCGAUAACCUAAAAAUGUUACGGUAAAGCUAUGUUACGGGUCUAUAUUCAUAUAAAUUGCUAGUAAAAACUGUCAAAAUUUGCCUGGCACAUUUGCUGUGCCAUCAGGUGUUUCACACAUAAAAGCUAACUUCACACAUGUGUUAUCAGAGUUGCACUCAUGAUAAAAUUGUUUGUUCGUUUUGGAGGUUAGGUUUUAUGUGUAAAAAAAUAGUUUUUAAACAGUUAGUACUAGUUUAUACGAAGAUAGACCCGUAACACAGUACAGUAGUAGUCCUUUAGCCCGGGAUCGAAAAUUCCGGAUUAUCGAGCGGCAAUUACAAAAAGAUUAAAAAAUGUACUUCAAAAUCAGUAGGAUAUACAAACAAUAUUUCUUUCUAACAUUUACUAGAAUAUAUAUGUUCAAAAUACUUUUAAAUUUUUACCAAAACACAUUUUUAUUUUCCAUAAAAUUUUAUAGUGUUACGUGUUUUCAUGUCCUUUAAGGAUUAAGUUUUGAAAACAUGGUCACUGCACGGUUAAGUGUUUAAAAUACUGAUAUAUCCUUUGUAGAACGUAAGGCCUACGCAUAUCGUAGAACGUACUUUGGUCAUGAAUCUGGACACAACGGAUUUUAGCAUGGACACAACCAUUACCGAACAAUAGCGAGUCUUUCAGAACAAUUCCCAAAAUGCUCUAAUAACUCUC